GUUUGGCUGCCUUCGCCCACUGGAUCUGCUCCGCCUUGGUAGGGCCAGUCGAUGCCAGCAUGCGCAGCUGAAAGACUUGGUGGUGUUGCUUUGCAUCCCUGCCGCCCUAGGCCACCGCCUUGGCAAAGCCGCUCGGGCUCUGCGGCAGGAGCUGCAGCGAGCCAGCUGGAGCGAGCCUCGCAAGGAGCAGUUUGUUCGACAGAUGGCCGUUAGCUUCGAGCAACGCGCUCGUGAGUUCCAGCAUCAGAGCGAUAUCAACUCCGCCUGGCUGGCGAGGGGAGGAGCUGCGACGGCCUACACUCUCUCGGCAUCAAACUGCGACGAGGGCGAGGCCUGCAUCCGCGAGUGCCCGAAGCGCUUUGAAUCGACGGAGAGCGCCGUCAAAGCAGUGGAGGAUGAACUCGUCCAGCUGCUCUCCGACAGCAACUCCGGUGCCAGGGAGGCGGCUAUGGUCGGCAUCGCAUGCCUAGGCACUCGGGCUUCUUGCCAAUCUCGCAUCGCGGACCUACUUCAUCACGAUGGAGAAUCCAGUGUGCGCUGUGCGGCUGCUGACUACUUCGGCCAGCUGUUGCCGGCACUGCGCCCGAAGUCGGCCAAGGGAGCCAUCGAUGCCUUGACGACUGCACUUCAAGACCGUUGCCCUCAUGUUUGUGCUCGGGCCAUGUAUGCUCUUCGCACUGUACCACAGGGCGAGACCCAAUCCGUGCUGGAACUCGUGGCGCCCACUGCGCUGCUGUUGGGCAAUGGUGACAAGUUUGUGCGCGCGCGGGCGCGGGCAGUGCUUGGCAGUUUCAGCGCCCUCUCGGAAAGCCACAUUGCAGGAUUCUUGACAGAACGAUGCGAGACCACGGAUGGGGAGGACAGACUCCGUGCUCAGAGAGCACUGGCAAACCUCGGGAGGGAGUCCACGCUGCGGCCACUGGAGUUAACGUCUCAGAGGUCUUCGCCAUCAUCGAGCUGGGAUUGCUAA